AUGAGCGCUCCCCAGUGUGUCUACGUUCUGUCUGAUAUUGAUGGAUUUAAAUACAAACUUGUGAUGGAUGGGGAUGUGCAAUUGCUUACGACAGCAAAAGUGAAACGGUAUAUGCAUAAUGCUACUGGUCUAAGUCCACAGCAUCAACAACUUUCUUUCAAUGGCAGGGAAAUGCAAGAAGGUGAAUGUGGUAGUGACGUUGGUCUAACUGACGGAGCAGUAUUGCGACUGAGGCAUGUGAAUGCAAUACAUCAAGUUUCUCCUAGUUCGAAUAGCAAAAACAUUAAUACUUCAAAUAAAUUGGCGAACCGUUCGUUAUCUUUGAGUACCACAGGUUUCCAAGGAGGACAAAAUAUAAUGAAACCUGUUUCGUCAACAUCUCUACCAGUUAGCACUUCUAUUCCUGCAUUGUCACCCUCACAUAGUUCAUCAACUAAUAAUAGGCAUGACGACCGUAAUGUACGUGGUGAUAAUGUAGAAUCUGUACCCGUUGUUGCCCGUAAUCGCGGGAGGUUGACAGAGUCUGUUUGUCGUGAUUUAGAAUUAGAGAACUCCCGAUUGAGGGAGCGUUUAUUAGAGACGGAGCGACAGCUUGCGAAUGCCUGCUCGGACUGGCAGCUGCAGGAGGAAGUGACGCAGCUCCGCGCGACGGUGGGGCGACUGCGGGAGGAGCAGCGGGGGGCCGAACAGGCGGCAGCCGCGCAGUGGCGGGCGAAGGAGGAGGAACUCGUGCGGGAACUCGACCGGCUGCGGGAGGAGCGCCGACGACUGCGACGCGAACAUUCUUUUUUUGAAGAGGAGCAGCGGGCACUCGUGCGGGGGCUGGAGGCGCAGCUGCGGGCACAGCGCAAGGAACUCGUAGAGCAGGAAGCACUGCUUCAACAACAACAACAACAAGAACAAGAAGAGCUGAAUAAGCAACGCGUAACGAAAUACACAGUUGCUGAAAUGGUGCAACGCAGUUUGACACAACUCGCACGGGAACUUAACAUUGACUCUUUAAAGCUGGACGAUAAUGAUACAUGCGUUGUGCCGUUAGACGAUGGACUUAAUAUGCUCAUUACCCUUGAUACUGCAACCGAGCGUGUGUUCAUGUACGCUACUAUUGCGAAUACCUUGCCAUCAUGCAAUGAGCAGAGAUUACAGUUGUACGAGUUAUUGUUAGAAGGAGCAUUGUUGGGUCGAGAGAUGGCUGGAGGGGGCGUCGGUGUUUGCACACAGAACAAUCUUAUUAUUAUGGAUAUCUGCGUUGAUGUUGCCCACGCAGAUGAGUAUGCCUUAGCUAGUGUUGCCCGUCCAUUUAUGGCGUCUGUCAAACACUGGGUGAAUAUGGUAAAGAGUUCAUUUUCGCAAGAGUGUUAA